CCGCCGAGGAGCCAUGGCCGAAGGACGCGCCGCCGCCGACUGGGAGAUCGACGUGGAGAGCGUGGAGGGGGAGGCGGCCGAGGCCCCCGACGCGCCGCGCAGCAGCGCCGGCCCGGAGGAGGAAGAGGAGGAGGAGGAAGGCGAGGAAGGGACGGCGGCGGCCCCGCGGCGGGGCGAGCCGCGGAAGCUGAGCCGCACGCCCAAGUGCGCCCGGUGCCGCAAUCACGGCGUGGUGUCGUGCCUGAAGGGACACAAGCGGUUCUGCCGCUGGCGCGACUGCCAGUGCGCCAACUGCCUGCUGGUGGUGGAGCGGCAGCGGGUCAUGGCCGCCCAGGUGGCCCUCCGACGGCAGCAGGCCACCGAGGACAAGAAGGGUCUGGCGGGGAAGCAGGCGAGCCUGGAGCGCAAAGCCGUCUACCAGAGGCACGUCCGGACGCCCAGCCUCCUGGCCAAGAGCAUCCUGGAAGGUUACCGUCCUAUUCCAACAGACCCUUACCUGGGAGGGAAUUCACCUUUGCCACCCCCUGUAAGUGACAGGAUGAGAAAGAGACGGGCUUUUGCUGAUAAGGAGUUGGAGAACAUUAUGCUAGAGAGAGAGUAUAAAGAGAGAGAGAUGAUGGAAGCUACACAAGCAGCUGCCCUUUUUCUCCCUAACCGCAUGAUGCAUGGAGCUGAAUACAACUCGUAUAAAACAGCCUUCAACACUACACAAGUUGAUACUCCAAACAAGGAGUUUUGCAAUUUUUUACCAACCUGCCUCGAUCUAACCAUGCAGUAUUCAGGAUCCAGCAACAUGGAACUGAUUUCUUCAAAUGUGAGUGUAGCCACUACCUACAGGCAGUAUCCCCUGUCCUCUAGGUUCUUAGUGUGGCCAAAAUGUGGCCCCAUUAGCGAUGCUCUCCUCUACCAGCAAUGCCUGUUAAACGCAACUACUGUCCAAGCUCUCAAACCUGGGGCAGCUUGGGAUGCCAAGGUCUCACAAAGUCAGGAAUGUCCAAACACUGAGCACGACAUCAUCUCUCCAAAACUGGAAAAUCCACUCGUUCUGACCCACACACAAGACAUUCAGCAGUCAGGUCAGGAGAUACUGUGCCUUCCUCAGGAAGCUCGUGAGAGGUCAGCUUUCUCUCCCCCGAAAAGGGCUUUCUCUCCCCCGAAAAGGACUUUCUCUCAGAUUUCUGAUAAGGAUUCUCUAGCUCCUCAGGAACAGAUAUUAAGCAAGAUCAGCAAAGAGAGUACCAAGCCCCCUCCACCGCUCAAAUACAAUCUAUUUCAGUCACUGUUCCAGCAAACAUUUCCUGACAGAUCAGGAGCAGAGCUGAGAACAUCAUUUGUCAAAGAGACUUUUGAAGAUGCUUCUAAGAAAUACAGAGAGUGUGCCAUUAAAGAGAACCAAAAAUACAAGCUUACAGUAGACAAAUGCACGAAAGACUUCUUUGGGGCCAAACAGGCCACAACAAAACUUUCAACAACUGAGCCACUGUCAUUUUCAGUUGAAUCCAUCCUUAAACGACCUUCUUCUGCAGUUGCUAGUGUCUCUCAAUGAAUAAACUAUACCUUCAAUGUAGAGAGUUUGUGUGCUUUGCUUUCUGCAGAGUUGCUACUGCCUGCCUUGUCUCUUAAAAGAUUUGUAAAGAGGAGUUUCUACUGUAGAUGGUAAUUCUUUUAUCUCAAAAUGAUGUGCAUAAAUAUGCAUGUUUUCUCUUCUGAAAAAAUAAAUAUAUUUAAUUUUUUAAAAUUGAAACUGCAUGUACAGACUGUAAAGUGUUGUUAUGUUAAGCAGCACUUCAAACCGUUCAAUAAAAUGAGAUUACCUACAA